UGCUCCAGCGAUUGCACCACGAACAGAAACCUAACUGGAAACAUUACUGUACUAUAAAAGCAGUCAAGUCCAACGUGUGCUAGGAUACACACAAGUUUCCCAUCUAAGGAGGAGGAGAAGCAGAUUAUAAAAAAACUACCGCAGAAAAAGUUCCAUUAGCGAAGACAAUGGUUUACAAAGUCUGCAAGGGCGGAGUGAGGUCUGGGAACACACUCCGUGGCCUCCACACUCUCAACUCUUACAGAUACGGACGCCAUGCCUGCCUCAUCGGCAGUUCCAGCAUGACAAGCCGUGACGUCACCAAAAUGGUGACAUCAAGCACCGAUGAUACCAUGGUUACGGAAACCGUCCAAAGUACUGACGUCAUUUUGUCUCUAAACAAGAAGCAGAGAUGGCAACUUCCAGCUACAAUGCGUCACAUGAUUCGCACUGGCUGCUUCGGCCGAGGUGCUAUGGUAUCUGUCCUGGAAAGACACAAGCUCAAGAGACGAGCAAACUGUGUCAGUUUUGUCAGCAACAAGGGCAAGAUCACCUCAGUGCAACCCACACAGAAGCGAUACUUCUCCUUCAACUUGGAUAAUAUUGACGAGGAACAAUCCAAUAGGCAAAAGAAGAGACAGUUGUCCAAAGCGAUGAGCACGAUGAGAAAGCCAAGGGAAAUUAAAGACAAACGUUCUCAUUGGAAAACAAUCCAGGUUUUCACAAAGACAGGAGACGACACAGAAAAUGAAGAUGCAAAAAAUAUAUUGUCUAGCAGUAAACCAGAAUACAGAAUGGAAAUAUUUUAUCCGUGUCCAAAGACUUGCUCAUUGGCCUUCAACCCCAAGUACACUGACGUCAUGAUCGAUGUCAACGAGGAGGGUAAGCAAGAGAUUAAAGCAGUGAAAAAUCCAGGCAGCAAAAAGCCCAGACGGCGUCACAGGAAAAGACUGACCACGUCUACAUGGGCCAAGAUGGGAACAGACGAAAUUGAAGAAGACAUUAACCAGAUGUGGGACGAGGUGUAUCGAGAAAACUGUUUUCCCCUCGUUAGCUCUGGGGUCACAGCGGAGGAGAAGGCAGAAACUGAUACCGACACGUUCAAAACACAGAAUUCAGAUGUUCGUUCUGAACGUAAUGGCAACAACAAUGAAAAUCUUUGGUCUUCCCUGAUUACCCAAGCUGAAAAAGCAAAAGAGCUCUGCACUCAGAGAAUUAGCAUUGCCCGGGAAAAUUCGGCCAGAAUAUCGACACAGACGUCGUUUGGCAAGGAAGACUUGAAAUCACACAUAAAGGUAUUACCAGACUCUAAUGAAUUCAGACUAACAGCAACGCAGAAGAAUCACAUCAAAGAACAACAGCCCGCAGAACAAACGGAAACGAAGAGAAUCCCUCAGUAUGUAGACUUGUCUUAUUUCAGAAUCAUCGCUUCUUCCAAAGAAAUGUGUCCCGAAGAGCUCAAGAAUAAGUUCGGACAUCUGUAUGCAGAGGCUGAAUGCCAACCACGCACAUUUGUAAUAAAUGUAAGUGACAAUGUAAAAAACAUUCUCUGUUCUUCUCCUUUCGAGAAUUUUGCUUUCACUUCCUAUCUCCUAUUUACCUACGAUGGUCCCUACGACGAUGGACUUGACAUAUACAAAGUGGCAUUUAACUCGUUUGUCUGCAGAAGCACAGAGCACAUGCAGAAAAACAUACCUUUCCGCACAUUCUGCAUUGAUGACCUUAUUAAUCAAAUAUUUGAAAUUCUCCUGGACCUGAAAAGUGAGCAUCUUUUAGAAUUUCAGAAAGCAAGAUACAGAAACGAAAGUGCAAAUAAUUAUUUAUUUCGAUUCGUCAACGACAAAUUUCAGGUGAAAGCGGAAAGCUUCUACCCCAGCCAAGAGAUCAGCAAACUUCGUUUUACAGAACUGGAGCAGAACACAGACUUAUUCUCCAUGACCUUGAGUCAGCUAGGGUCCUCUGGGGAAGACUACGACAUUUUCUGUCAGAUUUGUUACGAGAGUGUGACUCCAAGUCACGUGGACAGUCUCCCAGGUACUGCUUUGACCAAAUGCGGUCACGUCUUCUGCAACGAGUGUUGGAAAACUCACAUUCGAACCAGAAUGACAGAUGGAGCGGUCAAAAUCUUGUGUCCCGGAUAUGACUGUGAUGUCACUGUAGGUCCAGUGACUCUCCUUUCUCUCAUUCACUCUUCAGAAGUUGCUCAGCUGCUACAGCGACAGAAAGAGGAUGAAGUGGAGACAUCGGAGAACUCUAAGUGGUGCCCCAACCCGACGUGUGGCCGUGUUAUCAAGAUGGAGACCAAAGCCAUAACCCCCGACAUGACGUAUGACGUCUCAUGCGCUUGUGGAUUCAACGUCUGUUUUGUUUGCCUCGGUUCUGCUCACUGGCCUGCACAUUGUGAACAGGCUGACGAUUACACAGGCAGAUUGUACGACCUGUCGCUACCGAAAGAAGUGGAGGACGACCCGACGGAAUCCUUGCCCCUUAAGGCUGUUCAACCCAUGCCUAAACAAGUGCCUGAAAUUAUGCACGUAGAAGGAAGACUGUGCCCAAAAUGCAAUAGGUUCAUAGAAAAGAACGGCGGUUGUCCGCACAUGUCUUGUAAAUGUGGACAUCACUUUUGCUGGAAAUGUCUUGCUUCGAUUUCUGGCCACAGUGUUUGCAAGCCGGACUACUCUUACCUGUAUAAAAUGACCAGGACAGUGCUUGUGAGGCAUGUCGGAACCAGGGCUAUGGCUCAACCCUUGGAAGUCAAAGCAACAUCGGAGGAACCAAAGACGCCCCAUGCCGGCAUGGGCCGAGUGUCCAUGUACCAGCGAGCACUACAACAAAGGCUCGAGGGAAAUGUACACCUAUCAACUAAGGAAAUCAGAUCUCUGGCCUACAUGAUUGCUACUGCAGCCUCUAAAGACGAUGAAUUGAAGAAAGACCUUGCGACUAUUCCCGGCCUGGACCAGAACAGCAGCAUUGGUGACGCUGAAUCCGUCUCCUCCACCACCAAGCACGUGACAAGGUUUCUCCAAUCGUGUGAAGCCAGCAGACGCGCGCUACAUCAUGUGGCCGAGUUCACCUUCGUGUUGCUCCACGACGUUCCCCAGUCUGUGGACAAGCGCCGGGCUCUGGCCUUGGCCAACGACAUCUCUGGCUAUUGCAGCUUUCUCCGCUCCAUCCUGGAGGGCGGUGAGCACCAGCAGCCUCGGACACUGGUCAAGCGAUUGCUGGACAUUCAGACGUGGGCCAGGAGAGCUGUGGGUGCACUGUUGAAAACUGCCAACAAGCUCAAAGCCUCUUAAUAAACAAUAAGCGCUCACAAGCAGAUUUACUCACGUCUUUAUGACGCAUACACACACACAUACACACACACACACACACACACACACACAAACAAACAAACACACA